CAACUGCAUUAAGUGUUAUUCAAAGUAUUCUCCAUAUUUCCGUGGCUACUUCAUGGAAGCCAGUGAUUGCCCAGGAGCCACCUUAAGAAAUUCAACCACCAAAGACCCAAACAUUGUUUGCUGUAUUUUGGAUAGUGCCAUAAUCCCUUCGAUCCCACAGAAUGUCAGUGUUUCUCUGGAAUCUUACCUUGACAUGGUUGGAGAUACAACAAGGACAAGGGCACUGUAUCCAUUUUACUUGCAAGCAUUACGUGACGCUCGGAUUACCAGGAGACGCCACAUAGCGGCAUUUACUGCUCAAGUGAGUUUAAAGAGAUCUGUAACCUGCUAAUUGCGAAGUCAAAACUCUAAAAAAGAAACUAAGUCCUCUCUUGUUUAAUGUUCAGCUACAGAUGAAUUUGAAAACAUGGCGUUGACAAAUUUGUUCACAUUGUAAGACCAAAUAAUUUUUAUAGUACUUAGUCAUGUUUGAUUACUGGAUUCCUGUCGAUCAGUUUCAAGUCAGACAUUAUUGUUGUGCACCUAUGACCUGUUGUGUUUCACAGCAUCUUCAGGUUUAUGCAAUUACGGUCUCCCUUUAAUUAACUUUCUGUUUCCAUUCCAGGAAAGCAAGGCAUGAACCACUGAAAAUACGUUUUAGCUGUCCGAUUCACUACUGAACUCGAAAUGCGCGUUUCACCACUGUCAGUGCAUCGGUCACUUAUAAUUUAAAAAAGAAAUAAAGAUCUCGAAGAGAGAAAAUAUGGCUCCUUUUCCGGUUCAUUCCUUGCUUGUUUCUUUUGUUUUUCGCUGAAGAUUACUAGGGACGAGUCCCUUCAAGAAGUAAAAUGUUAAACUUUUCCAACUUUACCACACAUAAUGCCAGCUAACAUUUCUGUGAUACACAUUUUCGUUAGAUCUUAUAUCAGACAUCAGGAAUGAAAUUUUCUGAGGAGAGCUCCAACGGUCAGGAAUACGAAAGAAAGGAAAGCUUGGGAAAUUCUAAAGAGGCUGAUGGACGUAAAUACAUCGGUAGAGGAUUUCUACCUCUAAUUGGGAAACACAUGUACCAUCUUGCAACUUUAUCUGUCAACAGCAAUAUCAUCCGCCAACCGGAGAUUGUGGCGUUCCCAUCGAUAGGAUUUAAGGUUGCCGCUUGGCUAUGGACUACUGGAUAUAGUUCAGCUGACAACAGCAGCUUACCGACUGGGAACUUGGGAAAGUUCUGCAAAGGAACAGAAUACAGCUUCUUGGAAUUAUCUAUUAAUGUUCAACAAAGUACAGCUAGGAUCGAAACACUGUUCCAUCACUGGCGGCAUGCACGUAACGUAAUUGGUCUCCUAUGUCCGUCAGAUGGGAAUGGGCCAAGGUGUUCGGUAGAUGGAAGAAGUGGAAGGUGCAAAUUGGUGACAAGCUGCAAGGGUGAACAUUCUGCAACGGGUUGUCCUCUUGCAACCUCGCUGGUCACAUGCUGUCUUGAUUGUCAAAAUCCGAUCGAUUUAGCCUUCGUAUUGGAUUCCUCUACCAGCGUCAAUCCAUCCAACUUUCAACUUGGACUCCAGUUCAUCAUAAAGGUUUGCAAAUAUUUCAACAUUUCAUAUCCUGAUGGCACUCGAGUGGCUCUCAUCAGAUACAGCGACGUUCCGACGACAAUGUUUCGUUUUAACACCUACGCCAACAAGCAAGACGUCCUUAGUGCAACUGGAUCGGUACCUUACGAACCUGGUUUGACCCGCACCGACUUAGCUCUCUUAGAAGCCCAUGCAAGCCUGUUUGGAAACCCAGAUCACGGAGUCAGAGCUAAAGAAUUGGGUAUUCCGAGAGUGCUUGUUCUUCUUACUGACGGAAGAGCUAGCUUGGGGACGGGCUCGGUAAUCACACCAUCCGAGUUGCUCCGUGGAGACGGGGUAAACAUUUUUGUUAUAGGGAUUGGUCAGAGACUAAACAAGAAUGAGUUGAAUAUCAUUGCCAGUGAUCCUGAUGAUCAUCAUGUAGUUUCUUCCAAAACCUUUGCAGGCGUAAAUUCCCUGGUAGGAAACAUUCAAGAGAGCUCGUGUUAUGGUGAGUGCUUUGCCGUGCUAUUUUCGCUGUGAUCCGGCUUUCUCUUCUGUCCUUUCAUCUCUAGCUUCAACUCAAAGAUGUAAGUUUUGUCAUCUUUUGAAUUUCAGUUUCAGGAAAAACUAUUUCCCUACAUUUUAAAGUGGGAUAGUAGGUCAGUGAUGUCAAAAAGCAAGCCCCAUAUCAAAUUCCAGCCUAAUCCGUAAGCAACAAUCUCGGUUUGCCGAUCAAUUGCUGUUCGACGAUACUGAAGGAAUCAAGAAUCAGCUCUGCUUUCCAGCGGCAAAAACGCAUUUCCACAAUUGUAAGCAAUUUCUAAGUUUAAACCGAAAAAUUUCCAAAUUUUUGGGUUCCCAUGCAUGACUAAACCGGUCAAGUACAACAUACGUCCACGUGGCAUAUCGCCAUACAUUUGCUCAAUCGGCAGAUGACAUCAUUUUCCCUCGUGAGUAAACACACAUUGCUUAA